AUGACCGUCACCGCCUCACCACUGCGCAUCGGCGUCGACGUCGGCGGAACGAAUACCGACGCCGUCGUGCUGGACCUGACACCGGGCUGCGCCGACCCCGUCCUAGCAGCAUACAAGGCGCCCACGACGCCAAACGUCGCCGAGGGCAUUCAGGCUGCGAUUGCCGCAACCCUCCAGAAAGCAAAUGUAGACAAGAACCGUAUCCAGGCGGUCGCGAUCGGGACGACGUCGUUUGUCAAUUCGCUCAUCGAGCGGGAUGCGGCCAAGCUCGACCGCGUGGCGGUUGUGCGUCUCUGCGGCCCUUUCUCGCGCUUGUGUCCGCCCUUUGCAUCGUUUCCAUACGAACUGAGGGCUGUACUUGAAGGACCAGUGUUCUUCGCUCGUGGCGGCCUCGAGGUGGAUGGACGCGAGAUCGACCCCAUCGACCCCGCCGAGAUCCGCUCCAUCAGUGCCAAAAUCCGGGAGAUGGGGGUACGGUCCGUCGCGGUGGCCGGGUGUUAUUCCCCUAUCGAUGAGGAGUUUCGACAAGAAGAAAAGGUUGGAGCAAUUAUCCGCUCAGAAAUCCCGAAUGUGCGCGUCACCCUGUCAAAGGACGUGGCGAACAUUGGGCUCCUGCAGCGCGAAAACGCUACCAUCCUCAACGCUGCCCUCCUCUCCUUUGCUGAGAGGACGGUUGAGGGGUUCCGCGCGUCAACGGCCGCACUUGACCUCGACUGCCCCGUCUUCCUGACUUCCAAUGACGGCACGCUCAUGGCGUGUGAGCAGGCUGCGCGGCUCCCAAUUCGGACGUUCUCGAGCGGACCUACAAACUCGAUGCGGGGCGCCCACUUCCUCGCCUCGCUGACGGGGGCUAAGCGUGAGACGGCGCUAGUCAUCGACGUCGGCGGAACCACUACCGAGAUCGGUGUGCUCCUCCCCACAGGCUUUCCACGACAGGCUGGGGCGUUCCACGAACUUGUGGGCGUGCCCCUUAACUUCUCCAUGCCGCAUGUUCAUUCUAUGGGGCUGGGCGGCGGCUCGCGGGUACGCAAGGGCAACAAGACAACGGUCGGGCCUGAUUCGGUUGGGUACCUCAUCACAAAGGAAGCGCUGUGCUUUGGAGGACGCACGCUCGUGGCUACAGACAUCGCCGUGGCUGCCGGCAAGGGUGAUGGGAUUGGGAAUGCUGCACUCGUUGCAGAAAUUGAUGAGGCGAUGGUGGAGAGUGCGCAGGCCCGCAUAAAGACGAUGAUCGAACUCGCAAUCGACAGUAUGAAGACCAGCACAGCCGACGUCCCAGUCUACCUCGUUGGCGGCGGUGCGAUUCUCGUUCCAGACGAGCUGGCCGGCGUGAGCAAGGUCCAUCGCUUCCCGCACUACGGCGAGGCCAACGCUGUCGGAGCGGCUUGUGCCCAGAUCUCAGCGGUCAUCGAUACGUUCGAGGACACGAGUAUAAAAUCCAUUACAACUGUGCAGCGCGAGGUGGAAGCGCGCGCCAUUGCACGCGCCAUUGCGAAUGGCGCGGAUCCAGCCCACACAACCGUGGUCGAGUCAGAGGCCAUCCCAAUCGCCUACACCACCGGCAAGUGCCGGUUCUACGUCAAGGCCGCUGGGGAGUGGACUGGCGCGGCGGCGCUGGACGACACUGAGGCGGCUGGUGGUGCGUUGUCAUGGGACACGAGCUCGCCCGUCAAGCCUGUCGAGCCCGCGAACGGAAAGGGCGCCCUGCCGACAUCGGAUGUGACGAUAACUGCGGCGGAUAUUCUAGCUUACAAGCCAAAGAUCGAGGGUAAGCAUUGGGUCAUUUCCGAGCUCGACCUGCAAUGGAUCGCCGACGGCUGCUACAUCCUCGGCACGGGUGGCGGUGGAAACCCCGCCACGACCAUGCUCGCCAUCCGCGAGCUUGUGCGUGCCGGCGGCACUGUCCGGGUAAUGGAUCUGGAGAGCUUGGGGCCCGACGACAAGGUCGUGUGGGGAGGCGGUAUUGGGUCGCCCGAAGUCGUGCUUGAGCGCCUGGACGGCGGUGAUCCGAGCGAGGCAACACGUGCGCUCGUCGAUUUUGUCGGACUGAAGCGCGUCGGCGGCCUUGCUGCCCUCGAAAUCGGCGGCGGAAACGGCAUGCACCUCAUGGCCGCCGGCAGCUCGAAAUACCUCGACAUUCCCGUCAUCGACGGCGACUUCAUGGGCCGCGCUUACCCGACGGGCUGGCAGACGACUGUCAAUGUCUUUGAUAAGGGCGACCGCGGAGAAAUGAGUCUUCCAAACGCAAUGUGCUCGGGUAAUGGGAACAAUACAUUCAUGACCAGCGCCAAGCACUAUACUGACAUCGACCGGAUCAUGCGUGCUGGUUGUGUCGAGAUGGGCACACAUGCCGAUGUGGCUUGUCGGCCGCUCGACAAGGCUUUUCUCCGCAAAGCUCUCGUGCGGAAUACGGUGUCGCAGGCAUGGCGGCUGGGACGCGCUGUCUCUCUCGCCACGAAACAGGCCAAUAUAGGCAACGUGGGCCGCGUCCUCGUCGACGCGGUUGGCGGUGACAAAGCCGCCAAAGUCCUUUUUGCAGGAAAGGUGACCGACGUCAGCAGACACAUCUACAAAGGCCACACAUAUGGCGAAAUCACGAUACAGGCACUAGCGACCGAGGAAGACACUCCAACACAACGUUUCGAGGGCGUCAUGAAGAUCCCAUUCAAGAACGAGAACCUGCUCUGUAAACACAUCGUGGAUGGAAAGGAGGCGAUCGUGGCAGGCGUACCCGACCUCAUCUCAGUACUGGAUGCGCAAAACGGCCUCGCACUCGGCACACCAGAGUACAAGUACGGCCAACGGGUUCUUGUACUGGGCAUCACGGCCGCUCCGCAGUGGACUACAACUGAGCGGGGCCUGCAACUCGGAGCCCUCCCUGCGUUCGGGUACGACGUGCCGUACGCCCCGCUGGGGGAGUAUGUGCAGCCUGCGAGCGUGAUCGCCGAGUACGGCUAG